AUGGACUACAUGCCCAACGUCAAGAACAUCCUUGGGAAGAACGGCAUCACGUUUUCAAAACAUUUCUGUACUAGCGCUUUCUGCUGUCCAUCGCGCAUGAGUUUGUUUACUGGGAAAUGUGUCCAUAACACCAACAUCACAGAUGUAGUCGUGCCGUGGGGCGCAUAUCCCAAGUUCAUCACUCAAGGAUUGAAUGAAGACUAUCUUCCUCUUUGGCUACAAGAAGGAGGCGUCAACACGUAUUAUGUGGGGAAAUUCGCCAACGGCCACAGCAUCGAGACAUACCUUGACCCGCCUUGUGCAGGUUGGACAGGAAGCAACUUCCUACUGGAACCUGGUGUAUACGACUAUCUCAACACGACAUGGGCAAAGGACGACGGUCCAUACGAGUAUUUCUUAGGCGAACACGCAAUCAAUAUUACUACAAAGCAUGCACUAGAGAUGCUCGACACAGCUGUGAAUGACAGCAAGCCUUUCUUUCUUACAGUCGCACCAGCAGUCCCACACGUGGGAAUCAAUGCGAGCGGUAACGGUCAAACCUUUUAUCCCAUUCCACAACCAAGGUGGGCAGAUUCUUUCUCCGACGCGAAAGUUCCACGUACUCCGAAUUGGAAUCCUAACACGACAAGCGGAGCAUCAUUCGUGUUGGAUCUCCCACUUCCAAACCAAACAACUACAGAUGAGCUAGAUAAGCUCUACCGGGCACGACUCCGGGCAGUGGCAGGGUUAGAUGUCAUGGUCAGUCAGCUGGUCGAUGCACUGGACAGCUAUGGGAUCUUGAACAACACUCAUGUCAUCUACACAACCGACAAUGGAUAUCAUAUCGGUCAACAUCGGAUGGGCUGUGGGAAGAAAGAAGGGUACGAGACGGACAUCAACAUUCCGCUGGUGUGGCGCGGGCCUGGUGUCGCUCAAGACGAAGUCACAGAUGCUGUAUCGACUCACACGGACCUUGCACCGACAUUCCUGAAACUGUUCGGACUUCCAUUGCGGACGAAACUGGAUGGACAGACUAUUCCUCAGAUAACAGGGGAAUCGAGCUCGAAAUCAUCUGAGCAUGUCAAUGUGGAGCUUUGGGGCUCAGCAGACGUAUAUGAAACGAUGCCACUGAAGGGCCAUGUCCCCUUGCCAGAGAAUGUCAGUAACAACACAUAUAAGGGGCUGCGCAUCAUCUCCGACGAUUACAGCCUCUACUACUCGGUCUGGUGUACAAACGAGCAUGAGUUGUACGACAUGGUGGAGGAUGAAUAUCAAAUGAAUAAUCUCCUCCAAGAUUCGCAGGACAUCACUGAUAUACCCAGUGGAACGUAUCUGGACAGACCGUUGAGCGAUGUGGUUGCACGACUUGAUGCUUUGUUGAUGGUGCUGAAGACCUGCAUUGGCAUCGAGUGCACUAAGCCAUGGCUUCAAAUCCACCCUCAAGGCGACGUAGAGAACCUGAAAGAAGCGCUAAACGAGACAUUCGAUGACUUCUACACUUCUCAGCCGAAGGUUUCCUUCGGUGCUUGUAAACAGGGGUAUAUCAUUGAGUUCGAAGGUCCGCAAUCUGUAAUGCAGUAUAGUGGGGACAUCUCAUAUGGAUCUGCUUAG